AUCUAAUAUAUCUUUCUCUCUCAGCCUAUCAGGACCAUCACAAUGAGUCUACGAAAGCAAACCCCUAGCGAUUUCUUAAAACAAAUUAUAGGAAGACCUGUUGUUGUAAAGUUAAAUUCUGGAGUUGAUUAUCGAGGUGUCCUGGCUUGUCUAGAUGGGUAUAUGAACAUAGCUCUGGAGCAAACAGAAGAAUACGUAAAUGGUCAAUUAAAGAACAAAUAUGGGGAUGCGUUUAUUCGAGGAAAUAAUGUUCUGUAUAUAAGCACACAGAAGAGGAGGAUGUGAAGAUGCCUAAAAGAGAUGUUUUGUACUGCUGCAUUUUCUCCUGAUGUGAACUGUUUGAUUUAUAGUUAGAAAUUUUUGGUUGAAAAAUACAGCUCUUCAAUAUUUCUGUUGUUUGCUAUAAAGCCAGAUUUACUGCAGUAAGUAUAGAGAGAAGAGUUGUUUUUUAAAAAUUUCAAACUAGAAAACUAUUGUAAAAUUUUCUGAACACCUUAGUUGUGAAAAGUGCUUUGUUACACUGCAAUCUUAAAUAAAACAUGGAAAAUAUGUAGUUUAUUUAUUGUGCAAGACAAAAUCUGA